AUGACUGUUGACCUGCAGUGGGUUAAAGGCCAUGCUGGAAUACAUGGCAACGAAGUGGCUGACAAGGUUGCACAGCUGGGUCACUCACUUGACUUCUCGGUGCUCUCACACAUAGAGCAAUCAGAUCUCUUGAGCGGCCUACGAAGGGGACUGCGUGAGCGCUCGCAAGAUUUGUGGAUGCUGGAGGUAAAUGCGAACAGGAAGGGAGUCCACCUGACCACAAUACGCAGCAAUUUGUCUCCUGUCCCAUGGGUGGUUGCGCCUACCCGUAGAGCUGCGGUCGUUCUGGCCCGACUCCGCCUGGGCCAUGUAGGCCUUGGUGCAUAUUUAUUUCGCUUUGGUAUGUCACCCUCUCCAAUGUGUGGCAACUGCAACGUGGAAGAUACAAUUGAGCACUACCUACUCAUCUGUGGACUACAUCGGGAAGCUCGGCGGCAGCUGGAAAAUGCAGUGGCCACCUAUGGCAUAGAUCCUCUUACAGUCCGUGACCUGCUGGGUGGCGGAGACUUCCCACGAAGUGCCCAAUUUGCAAUAAUAAAGGCCACAGUUGCGUACAUCAAGAGUACAGGACGCUUAAAUAACCUCUGA